AUGUCAGAAGGUGGGCAAAAGCAAGGGUUUUUCACGGCGUUGAAAGUGGAGGUCGCGCGCGGGUUGUCCCCUGGGAGGUCACGUCCCUGGAGUCCAGCGCCGAGCGCGAGGGAUAAAGCGGGCGCCGGCGAUCCCGACCCGUCUCUCGGGAGAUCGGCCAGCCUCAGGCUGACAGGGGAGGCGCUCGCGCCGCUGAUGGAGGGCCCGGACCCGGAAGGCUGCACUACUGGCGGGUCGAAGCGUUUCAGGUCGGGCCUGGGAUCGUGGGUCUGGGACCAGCUCAUGGGUUUCCCGUCGGGUGCCAACGAGAACGGGAGCGGAAACAAGCGCUCCGAUCUCAGGCUGCUGCUAGGCGUGAUGGGCGCGCCGCUUGCUCCGGUUAACGUCAGCCUCACUGAACAUCUGCCCCAUCUCUGUAUUAAGAACACCCCCAUUGAAGCUUCGUCUGCACAGUACAUACUUCAACAGUAUACGGCCGCUUGCGGUGGGCAAAAAGUCCAGAGCUUAAUUAAGAAUGCUUACGCAAUGGGUAAGCUGAAGAUAGUGGCCUCGGAAUUCGAGACGGCGACAAAGGUAGUAAAGCACAAGAAUACAUGUAAGUCGCCCGAGUUGGGUAGUUUUGUCCUGUGGCAAAUGAAUCCUGACAUGUGGUAUGUGGAGUUGGCUGUUGGGGGUAGUAAAGUCCGUGCCGGGUGUAAUGGGAAGAUCGUCUGGAGGCACACACCUUGGCUUGGGGCCCAUGCUGCAAAGGGCCCCGUUAGGCCCUUACGACGCGCGCUUCAGGGACUCGACCCAAGAACCACCGCCAGCAUAUUCGCGGACGCGAUCUGCACGGGCGAAAAAACCAUCGACGGCGAGGAUUGCUUCAUCUUGAAGCUCUCUGCAGACCACGAAGCCCUCAAGGCCCGUAGUGAGGGACCUGCAGAGAUAAUCCGGCAUGCUCUCUUCGGCUACUUCAGCCAGCGUACGGGCCUUCUCGUCCACUUGGAGGACUCCCACCUAACACGAAUUCAGUCGGGUGGAGGGGAUGCCGUCUACUGGGAGACCACAACCAGCUCGUUUAUCGGGGACUACCGACCUGUGGAGGGAGUCAUGGUGGCUCACUCGGGCCGCUCGGUUGUGACACUGUUCCGUUUUGGUGAGGCAGCCAUGAGCCACACCAAGACGAGGAUGGAGGAAGAGUGGACCAUCGAUGAGGUUGCCUUCAAUGUGCCUGGGCUGUCGGUAGACUAUUUUAUUCCCCCGGGGGACCUAAGGACGUGUUUGGCUGAUGACGAGAUUUCGCAGGAGCAAAUCGGGAGCUCCAGGUUGGCGGGAGUGGGGUUGCGUAGCGCGAAAGUGGCGGCGCUGGAGGGGUGA